AUGACUCGGAAAGAUGGAUCAGAGUCAUAUAAUGAAGAUGGUCGAAAUGAGUUGGCUCAACGUGAUUUAGAAUUAGAGGAGGAAGUAAGGAUGACUCCAAAAUUUGAGAAAUAUGAUGUCCAUGGUGAUCCUAUAACUCAUUUGAAGAGAUAUUGCAAUCAAUUGAGAGGGGUUGAGGAAAAAGAUGAAUUGCUCAUGGCUUAUUUUGGGGAAAGCCUAGUUGGAAUUGCUUCAGAAUGGUUCAUAGAUCAAGAUGUUUCUAACAGGCAUACAUGGUAUGAUUUGACUCGAUGUUUUGUUCAACAGUUCCAAUAUACCAUUGACAUUGUGCCAGAUCGUAGCUCACUUGCUAAUAUGAAAAAAAAGACCACUGAAAUUUUUCGUGAAUAUGCUAUUAGGUGGAGGGAGAAAGCUGCUAGGGUUAAGCCAUCAAUGAAGGAGUCAAAAAUGAUUGAUGUAUUUCUUCAGGCGCAAGAACCUGACUACUUUCAUUAUUUGCUUUCCGUUGUUGGGAAAACAUUCACCAAAGUUAUAAAGAUUGAGGAAAUGGUGGAAAAUGGCAUUAAGUCUGGAAAUAUUGUAAGUCAAGCUGUUUUAAAAGCCACAAUCCAAGUGAUUAAAAAUGGAUCGGAAAGUCUUGGGGGAAUGAAAUUGAAGAAGGAUGUAGCAAUUGUUAUGUCAGGCACACAAAAAAGUCCAAGGGGUUCGCUUUAUCAAUAUGCACCAUCUUAA